AUGAGCGAACCUCCAAUGUCGAUCGCGAAGGACGCAAUUGAUCUCAAAACAAGCGAGACACAUGACAUUGAACGCUCGGCGAGUUCAGGAACUGAGCGUCAUGGUAGUACUAUUGUCCUAUCUGCGGCAGAAGAUGCUGGGUACCAUCGUUCCCUGACGAGACGUCAAAUCAUGAUGAUGACUUUUGGGGCCGGCAUUGGUACUGGCCUUUGGGUGGGGACUGGACAAGCAUUGCACUAUGCCGGUCCUGCUGGUAUGGCACUUACCUAUACGAUCACAGCGAUGAUCGUGUACGCCCAAUACUCUUCAAUCGGCGAGAUGACUACAUACAAGCCGGUUCAUGGUGGCUUUAUCCGCCAGUGUGCUGAAUAUGUAGAUCCGGCUUUCGGCUUUGCGAUUGGUGUCAAUUUCUGGUUUGCGUGGGUGAUGAUUAUACCAGCAGAGAUUACAGCAGCCAUAUCUGUCCUGAAAUUCUGGCCAGAGACAGAUGUUAUGCCACUCGCGGCAUUCAUUACCAUAUUUCUAGUAGUCUUCGCGGCUGCAAAUAUGUUCCACGUCCGCGUGUAUGGUUAUAUUGAGUAUUAUAUGUCGUUCGUGAAGUGCCUCGCAGUUAUCCUGAUGAUAUUCUUCAUGUUUAUCAUGACAUCUGGAGGAAUACCAGGAACGGAUGGGCCAAUCGAGUUUCGAUACUGGAAGAACCCCGGGGCAUUCAAUAAUGGAAUAAAGGGCAUCGCUAAAGCUUUCGUACAGGCAGCCUUCAGCUUUGGUGGUGGUGAGCAUAUCGCUGUUAUAGCUGGUGAAGUAGCUGAUCCCCGUCGCACUAUCAAGAAAACAGUUCGACCCGUUUUCUGGAGAAUGUUUACCUUCUUCGUGGUCAAUAUCUGGCUCGUUGGAAUGUGUGUACCAUCCAACGACACCGAUCUUAUCAACGCCAGCGGGACUUUGGGAAGCCCCUUUGUCAUUGCAAUCAAGCGAGCGGAUGUCUAUGGGUUAGCACACGCAAUCAAUGGUUUUAUCUUCCUUAGUGUCAUCAGCUGUGGUAUUACCAGUGUUUAUAUCGCAAGUCGAAGUUUGACAGCACUCGCCGAUUUACAGAUCAUCCAUCCGGUCUUCGGAAGAAAGGACUCACAGGGUCGGCCCUAUGUGUCCUUGGCUAUCAGCUUGGGCCUUGGUGGUGGACUGGGUUAUCUUAACUGCAACAGUGUGGGAACUUUGGUGUAUAGUUGGUUCUCUGCCUUGGUGGCAAUAGCCACGCUUUUCCAAUGGGGCUGUAUUUAUAUAGCCCAUCUUCGCUUCCGACAGGGUCUUCGAGCCCAAGGCAAGGAUCUUAGCGCACUUCCGUUCAAAGGUCUUCUCACCCCAUGGGCGCAAUAUAUCAGUCUCACCAUUGUGGUGUUUAUCUUCGGUUGUCAAUUCUACCUGGCUUGCUGGCCAUUCGGAGAAAAGGGUUCGGUAAAGAGCUUCUUCUCUUCUUAUCUCGCAGCUCCGUUAUUCUUCUUCGAUUACUUGGGAUAUAAGUGGUAUUUCAAAACAAAGAUAGUCAAGCCAAUCGACAUGGACUUCGGUCCUGCCAAAGCGUUUGAUGAGCAGGACCUCAUCAAUGCUAUUGCAGCUGAAGACACGGAGCGAGAUCCAGAGAAGAACGACCAGAAAAAUUGGAGAAAGCGUGCGCAGUAUAUGAUAUUUGGAUAG